AUUAUGUGUCAGAUUGAGUGAUUAGAUAAUUGGCAGCACCUGGCUGAGUGUCAGUCCUCACCACUGCUGACACACACGGCCUCCAGCGGUUUUUAACACUGUGGACCGGCUAGCCUCUAUCACAGAAAACAAAUAUUUAGUUUUAACAUGCUUGAAGCAAAGUACCCACAUUUGCUUUUAUUUGUUACCUCAUUAUUGAUGGUGAGCUGUCAUUGCACUGAACAUGCCGCUGAACAAGGUACCAAAUGUGGCGAAAAUGCUGCAACUGGCAAAUUGGAAAUAUCUGAUUUCACCUUUAACUCAACCAAUAUGACUCAUUUCGUCUAUGGAAUUGCUGCAAAUGUGGUUGCUGUGUUGUUCUAUGGAAGCAAUUUUGUUCCUGUCAAAAGAAUAGAGACAGGAGAUGGUAUGUUUUUUCAGUGGGUAACCUGUGCAGCGAUAUGGGUUGUAUCUUUGGUUGGAGACUCAAUGCUUCAGUCGCCCAAAUUCUACCCGUUUGCAAUGCUUGGCGGUGUCGUCUGGGCUACAGGGAAUAUAGCAGCAGUUCCAAUUGUGAAAGCAAUUGGCCUCGGUCUUGGAAUUUUAAUUUGGGGAUCCUCAAGUUUGUUGAUGGGCUGGGCCAGUUCAAGAUUUGGCUGGUUUGGGAUUGCUGCUGAGGAUGUUUCCAGGCCAAUAUUAAAUUAUUGUGGAGCUGGGUUGUGUCUGCUCAGUGGCCUGAUCUUUUUCUUUGUGAAAACGGACGUGGAACUGCAUCCCAGCUCUGAAUCAAUUCCUUUACUUAUCGACAGGAGAACAAAUUCAGGCAGCUAUGGACCAAGUUCCUCAGAGUUCUGGAUAGAUGUUAUUGGACCAAAGACCAGGCGGUUCAUCGGCUGCCUGCUUGCUGUUGUGUCUGGCCUGCUGUAUGGGUCCUCCUUUGUACCUAUCCUCUACAUUAAGAGCCAUUCAUCGUGCCAUGACAGCAUGUUCCAUGGAGCCAGUGUCUAUGACCUCGACUAUGUUUAUGCACAGUGCUCUGGCAUUUUUGUUGCCAGCACAGUGUACUUUGCCAUCUACUGUGCUGCCAUGAAUAACAGGCCCAGGGUGUACUCCAGAGCCAUCCUGCCAGGGAUGUUGUCUGGAUUGAUGUGGGCAUUGGCCACAUACUGCUGGUUCCUGGCCAAUAACUACCUGAGUGCGGUCAUUUCCUUUCCUAUUGUCAGUGCAGGAUAUGGUCUGGUUGCAGCACUGUGGGGGUCCUUGGUGUUUAAAGAGAUUAAGGGGUUAGCCAACUGCUUCAUCUUCUUCUUGGCCUCCUGUGUCGUGCUGACCGGCUCCUUGCUGACUGCCAUCUCAAAGCUCUAAUAAUGCAAAAAACAUCUCAUGCUUGUCAUGUUUUCAUUAUAUACACAUAUUUACUCCCGUUCUCCAAUUGACUUAGAAAAUUGUCCUUGGUUUUAUAAAACUCUUUGAACCCCAUUAAAAUAAACCAAAAUGCAUGAUGGUUGAGCUAAAUGUAAAGCUUUCUUUGUUAGAUUUGGAAAUGUCCUUUUGAACGAGCAGGGUUUAUACUCUGAGCUAACAUUUUGGUGGUAGUGUCUUACAGGAACGACCCUCAUGCUUUUGUGGUUGGUUCAAAGAGGAAGUUUGCUGUUUGUAUUUGUUGUUGAAAAUAUGGUUUGUCACUUGUGCUUUGUUCAGUUGCUACUAAUAAAGGACCCAAACAACAUAUUUAACACAUCA